AUGAAAACCCCAGCCACCUGCGCCAAACUUGCUCCCUUUGGACUCGGGGCAGCCGCUCCGCAGGCAGCGGCAGCCUGCAAGUUCGCAGAUGGCCGCGCGGGGGCGCACGAGAGACGUUGCGAGUCCCUGGUCUCGGAAAAUAAAAACGUGUCCACAAUGUCCCUUAUACAGUCAGAAAUUGAUAGACUUGCAAGGAAGCAGGAAAAUAUCACUCAUAGGGAAAGAAUUCAGUUGAUAGAAACUGACCAGGAAAUGGCUCAGGUAUUAGAUUUAAAAUGCAAAGACAUGUCAGCAGUUGUGCUGAUGAAGUUUAAAGGCUUGAUGGAAAAUCUGGAUUUAAUGGUUGAAGAGAUAAGGGACUCUCUUAAAAAUGACCUAAAGGAAAUUUUAGGAGUAGAAAGUAAAAUACCUGAAGUGAAAAAUCCAAAGAACUCCAGUACCAAAAAGGAGUGCCAACAAAUAAAAGGUUUAGCCACACAAAAUAAAGGAUUGGUAGAAAACAUAGAAGGAGCAAACUCUAAAAUAGUUGAGGAUGUUGAAAAUUUGACUUUUAAAAGAAAAGAAAUAAAUGAGCCAAGUAGCAGAUUAGACCAAGCUGAAGAGUACAGUACUAACCAAGAUAAGGAACUGUCCUAUGAUGAGUCACAAAAUUACAAAGUCAUGGAAAGUAUGGAAGAAGCCAUAAGCAAUAUAGAUAACACUUGGGGAGAUAGUAGGAUCCAUAUGGAAGUAACAGGAGAGAACAUAGAGAUUGGAGAGGGUGGAGUGGUCAAAGCAAAAAGAGAGGAAAAAAUUCCUCAGAAUUUAAACAAUAAUAAAGUGAAGAUUCUAAAAGCCUCCAGAGAAGAUGAAGGAGCAGUACUUAGGUUGGCAGCAGACUUUUCAUCGGCAACACUGGACAUCAGUAAGCAAUGGAGUAAUGUCUUCAACAUUCUGAGGGAAAAUGAUUUUGAACCUCAAGUUCUAUGUCAAGUUAAAUUAGCAUUUAAGUGUGAUGGUGAAGUAAGGACCUUUUCAGAUAUUCAAAGCCUCAGCAAUUUUACUAGCCAAAAACCAUUUAUGAAAGAAUUACUGAAGGAUAUACUCCCACAAAGUGAAAAAAUAAAGAAAGGAGGAAGAAGAUACGGGAUUCGAGAAAAAGUGGGAAAAAUGCUACUAGAUUCAAAGCAUGGAGCUGGGGGGGAAGUUGAUGAUGGCUUGAGCUUUCUAUUUGUUAAAGAGGUUAAGGUUGCUGAGCCACAGGAGGUGAAGAACUUAGAGACCCAGGAGGAAGAAUCUUCAGAGUGGGAGACAGAAGAGGAGGAAGAGGCCUCAGAGCUGGAAGGGGAGGGAGGAGAGACCUCAGAGCUGGAUGAGGAAGAAGAGGCUUCAGGGAUGGAGGAGGAGGGAGAAGAGACCUCAGAGCUGGAUGAGGAAGAAGAGGCUUCAGGGCUGCAGGAGGAAGAAGAAGAGGAGGCUUCAGUAUUAUGUGAGAAACAGGAUUCAACCUUUCAGUGUCAUUCUUUGGUAAAUACAAAAUGUGGAGUUGAGGAAAAAACCAGUAAUGGCUUGGAAAUUGUUUUAAUUAAAGAGGUAGAAGAUUCUGAGCCAGAGGAGGAAGAAGGUUCAGAGUGGGAAAUGGAAGUAGUCCUAUCGUGGGAGGAAGGAGAGGACUCUGAAGUAGAAAAUGUAAAGCCUGCCUCCCCAGUUGAGAGAAAAGAGGCCUCAUAUGGACCUAAAGAAAUUGCCUAUAAUUAUUUGGCUCCCAACUUUGAGAAGGAAAAACUAGCAAAACACUGGAUGUUACAAAAAACCCAGAAUAAAGAAGAAACAGCUACACCUAGAAACCAGGGAGUUGGGACAGUUUGUCCAACUUGGUGUUUUGUCUCUCCCUCAAAAUCACUGGAGAGAAGUUCUGAUGAGCAGAAAAGGCAUGUAUAUACAAAAUCAAGUACUCCAUCAGGAAUCUCCAGAUUUUCAAGGAAAACAGAGAAAGAGAGACAGAAAACUCUACAAACAGGUGAGCAAACAUCUAAAGAAACAGACUUAAUACAAGAGACAGAAGAAAACUUUAGAAGAAGUAUAAUUAACAACUUCAGAGAGAUCCAGGAGGAGGUUGCAAAUAUUAAAAGUUACCUUCCAGAAGUCUUGGAAAUAAAAAACUCAAUAGAUGUUCUCAAUAGCAGAAUAGACCUACUUGAAGAGAGAAUGGACAAUCUAGAAGAUCAUAUUGAAGAAUUCUCUAAGGAUACAAUGCAAAUGGCCAAACAGAUAAUAAAUAGAGAAAGGUCAAGAGACAUAGAAGAUAGAUCCAGAAGCUCCAAUAUCCGCUUGAUAGGAAUUCCAGAAAAAGAUAAUAAAGAAAAUGGAGCAGAGGAAAUAAUGAAGGAACUCAUUGAAGAAAACUUUCCAGAGCUAAAGGAUUCAAGUCUUGAGAUUGUUAGUGCUUACCGAAUACCUAGUAAGAUUGAUGAGAAGAGACUCACUCCUAGACACAUCUUGGUGAAAUUUGGGAAUUCCAAUGAUAAAGAAAAGAUCAUAAAGGCUUCCAGAAAGAGAAGAGAGAUAACUUAUAGAGGAACAAGAAUCAGAUUGACAGCAGAUUUAUCAUUGGAUACUCUAGAUGCUAGAAGUAAAUGGAGCAAUAUCAUAAAAGUUCUGCAAGCAAAAGGCUUUACACCUAAAAUCCUAUACCCGGCCAAAUUGGCAUUCAGUUUUGAAGGUAAAACAAAGACAUUUUUUGAUACUGAAGAAUUCACAAAGUUUAUUUCUUGCAUACCCUCGUUGCAAGAAUUACUGGAGGAUCUACCUUAG